AUGGCUGAAGCACUUGUUGUUGGAGCUUUAGUUUCUGGCUCCAUCAGCCUUGUUCUUAACAGGCUCAUUUCACCUGAGUUUGUCAACUCGGUGGUGAGCAAGAAGCUGGACCGAAAGUUGGUUGAGAGGCUCAAGACUGCUCUCUUGGCUGCAGAAGCUCUGGCCGCUGACGCCGAGCAGAAGCAGUUUGGAAACAAUCGUGUGAGGAAAUGGCUUGAUAGUCUCAGGGAUGCUCUCUACACUGCUGAUGACUUGUUGGACCGUGCCUUAAUCAAAGCUGAAAUUCGCAAGAAGGUACGCAUUCGCCUUCCUCUCCGCCUUAAUUUAUCUGUUAGGGAGAUGGUGGCUAAGAUAAACGAGGUGGUUAAAAGAAUAGAAGAUCUUCAGAAACUUAAAGAUAGCCUUGGUCUGAAAGAGAUUCCAACGGGUAGCUCCUCAUGGAAACCUCCAUCCACUUCUCUUGUAAAGGGGAAUGUGUACGGCAGGGAUGGUGAUCAACAGGCACUAAUGAAGAUGCUCAAUGACAACAAUCAUCAUAACUUGUCCGUCAUCUCUAUUGUUGGUAUGGGUGGGGUUGGUAAAACUACUUUAGCACAAUGCCUCUACAACAAUAUGGAUUUGAUGGACGGGGUUGAUCUGAAAGCAUGGAUUUGUGUUUCUGAACAUUUUGACGUCGUUGAGACUACUAAGAAUGUUAUAAAGGGGAUCUCUUCAGGUGUUUGUAGUCUUGACAGCUUUGAUUUACUUCAACAAGAUUUGAAGGAAAAACUGUCAGAAAAGAAGUUCUUCAUUGUUUUGGACGAUGUUUGGAGUGAAGAUGCUGACAUGUGGAAUAGUUUUAUCACCCCUUUUCAACAUGGGAGAAUGGGAAGCACUAUUCUUCUAACUACUCGCAUGGAAAAUGUUGGUGGAAUAGUCCGACACUAUAACUCUUACCCUCUCAAGGAACUGUCAGAUGAUUAUUGUUGGUCCAUUUUUGCAGACAAUGCAUCCUUUCCUGAAUCAAAUGGGAGCUCAGAACUGGAAGGAAUAGGUAGAAAGAUUGUCGAGAGGUGUGAUGGCUUGCCGUUAGCUGCAGAAACACUUGGACGCUUGUUGCGGUCAAAGCAUGAUGCUGGGGAAUGGAAUAAAGUACUAUCUAGUGAUAUUUGGCAAUUUUCUAUGAUAGACAGUAAGAUCGUUCCUGCAUUGUUAAUAAGCUACUAUCAUUUGCCUGCUCAUUUGAAACGCUGCUUUGUUUAUUGUUCGUUGUAUCCCAAAGAUCAUGAAUUUGAUAAAGGUGAAUUAAUCUUGUUGUGA